AUGCAGAACACGGUGUCCACAGACAGUCGUAUCUUGCCCCACAAGCAGCCCAGGCACAAAAGUGAGGCCUCCACUGCUCUGCAGGCAUCCAGUGGGGACAGGGUUUUUCUUGCAUCAGGAUUCUGGUCAUUAUUUGGAGGUGCGAUGGAUUGCAGAGUCCCUGGAGCCGUCAGCAAUGGUGAAAUGGUGCCCACACAACCCAGCAUGGAAAAAGAGAAGGAGAAGGAGGAGGAGGACCAGACCCUGGAGCGAGGGCAGUGGAACAACAAGCUGGAGUACGUCCUGUCCGUGGCUGGGGAGAUCAUCGGCCUGGGAAAUGUCUGGCGCUUCCCCUACCUCUGCUACAAGAAUGGUGGAGGUGCCUUCUUCAUCCCCUACCUCAUCUUCCUCUUCACCUGCGGGAUCCCCGUCUUUUUCCUGGAGACGGCGCUGGGGCAGUAUACCAGCCAGGGAGGGGUGACAGCCUGGCGCAGGAUCUGCCCCCUCUUCGAAGGAAUUGGCUACGCCUCACAGGUCAUCGUCAUACUGCUGAACUUCUACUACAUCAUUGUCCUGGCCUGGGCCUUGUUUUAUCUCUUCAGUUCGUUCACCAUCGACCUCCCUUGGGGCAGCUGUGACCACGAGUGGAACACAGGGAACUGCAUGGAGCUCCAGAAGGCAAACUCAACACUCAAUGUGACCAAUGAAAAUGCCACCUCCCCUGUCAUCGAAUUCUGGGAGAGGAGAGUACUAAAGAUUUCCGAUGGCAUCCAGCACCUGGGCAGCCUGCGCUGGGAGCUGGCUCUGUGUCUCUUACUGGCGUGGAUCAUCUGUUACUUCUGCAUUUGGAAAGGGGUCAAGUCCACAGGCAAGGUGGUGUAUUUCACGGCCACGUUCCCAUACCUCAUGCUGAUCGUUCUGCUGAUCAGGGGAGUCUCCCUGCCCGGGGCAUCCCAGGGAAUCCUGUUUUACCUUUAUCCAGACCUCAGUCGUCUUGGGGACCCCCAGGUCUGGAUGGAUGCAGGCACUCAAAUCUUCUUUUCGUAUGCAAUUUGUCUGGGAUGCCUGACAGCUCUGGGCAGCUAUAACAAAUACCAUAACAACUGCUACAGGGACUGCGUGGCCCUCUGCUUCCUCAACAGCGGCACCAGCUUCGUGGCCGGCUUUGCCAUCUUCUCAAUCCUGGGCUUCAUGGCGGAGGAGCAGGGUGUGCCCAUCGCUGAGGUGGCCGAAUCGGGGCCUGGCCUGGCAUUCAUCGCCUACCCUCGGGCUGUGGUCAUGCUGCCCUUCUCCCCGCUCUGGGCGUGUUUCUUCUUCCUGAUGGUUGUUUUGCUGGGACUGGACAGCCAGUUUGUCUGCGUGGAGAGCCUCGUCACAGCUCUUGUGGACAUGUACCCCACCAUCUUCCGCAAGAAGAACCGCCGGGAGACCCUCAUCCUGCUGGUCUCCGUCCUCUCCUAUCUGGUCGGGUUGGUGAUGCUCACAGAGGGUGGGAUGUAUGUCUUCCAGCUCUUUGAUUACUAUGCUGCCAGUGGCAUGUGCCUGCUCUUUGUGGCCAUCUUCGAGACUCUCUGCAUCGCCUGGGUCUAUGGUGCUGAGCGUUUCUACGAUAACAUUGAAGAUAUGAUCGGCUACCGGCCAUGGCCCAUCAUCAAAUACUGCUGGCUUUUCAUCACCCCGGCAGUUUGCAUGGCAACCUUCCUAUUUUCUCUCAUCAAAUACACCCCGCUGACCUACAACAAGAAGUAUGUGUACCCGUGGUGGGGGGACACCCUGGGCUGGUUGCUGGCCCUCUCCUCCAUGGUGUGCAUCCCUCUCUGGAUCGUCUACAAACUCUCCACCAUCAAAGGCUCCCUCAGAGAGAGGCUCCGCCAACUCACCUGCCCACUUGAGGACUUGCCUUCCAGGCUGGGCACAGGACAGCCCCUUCCCUCCACCAGAGCUGGCCUCCUGAUGCUGACAGAGCUCGAAUCUCAUUGCUAGGACCAGUGUGGCUCUCCCUCCUUCCCCCCAGGACGGUUUCUAUGCAGCCUUUACCACCUGUUGGCUAACACAAGGAUUCUUCGCUCGCCAAGGAGAGAGGGAUUUCUGGGCUGAGCUCCCAUCCCUGGAAGAUUCGAAGGGCUGAGGAAGAGGGCUGCCGUGGACAUGGUCUGCGUGGAGUUAGCAAUGCACCUUAAUCCUCUCCCUGGAGAGGGCUCUGAAGCGGCAGAUCAAGCACCGGUGCUCCUGAGCAUCCUCAGCCUUCCGGUGGGCAGAAUGGAAGGACUGAUCCUGGAGUGGAGGGUGUUAGAGAGUCUCAGAGGUGUGGCUCCAGUGUGGACUUUGGGAGCUUCUCCAUUCAUUCCAUUAAAUCUUUGUUUUUUCCCUCUAGAUCCACUCUGUCUCAGUUUUGUCUCACCAGCAUCCCUUGCUCACAGCAUGUUUGGUGGGAUGUGCUGGGCAUUCAGCUCUGGAUCUCUGUUGCACUGGCACAUAUGGGAGGGUGGCCAGAGGAGAACAAGCUUGGUUAGGGUAGGGAGGAAAACAGGGAACACCAUUUCGGAGGCCCCCACAAGCAGUAGGCCUGGGGUAUGUAGGUGAAGUGGAGAGUGCAAUGCCACCUUCUGCUGGAGCCCUUGCCAGCUCCCAGCCAAAAGAGUCAUCUGGCUGAUGAGUCACUGGGCUAUUCCCGGGGUCUGAGAGAAGCGCGUGGGUUUGUGUUUUCUUUGUGCGAGUGAAGGAUCAUGGGAAACUGUCCCUCGUCUCUGCAGGUCUAUGUCUUUUCUGUGCUGACUGCCUUCCAGGUCCUCUAGAGCGGGUCAUUUUGGUUUUCCUGCCUAUGGAAGAAGGGCUGUGUGGUUGCAGCAGUAUCCGCAUGUUAUGUCAACAAACAGGGCCCCUCGU